AUGGUAUUGGGUCGAAAACAGUUUUUAUUGAAAAAGUGUUGUCCGGAGAACUUUCAUGUGAAAACUACAUGUGUUAUAAAUACUAUUGGGAAUAACAAUUUCUCUGAUGUACCAGUUUACGAUUUGAACGAAGACAACUCGAAAUUUCAAGUUAAAGAGAAAUUUAACAGUAUGUUUCGUGUGGUUGCUAAUGCGUCCAUUACUCCUGGAAAAGAAAUAACUAAUGCUCAAUUGUAUGUUAAUGGCUUAAUAAUUACGGACAAUGACGUCAAAAAGCCAUCAAGCUUUUGUCUAGACUAUAAAGAAAAUGGCAACUCUACUGAAAUUGGCUUUUGGUUAAUAAAUAAUGGAACACAACAUCAGGAGAAGCCAGUAAAAGAUUUAGAACAAUCCUACAUAUCUAUUACUGCAUUAUUGACAUCAUGUGUGUUUCUCUCAUUGACAAUACUGGUAUAUGUUUUUCUACCAAAGUUACGAAAUCUGAAGGGCAAAAUCCUUUUAUCGUGUGUUAUCAGUCUUCUUGGUGCAUUUCUAGCAUUGGCGACCAUGCAAAUAGUUGAUAUAAGUGGUGCUACAGUACCACCGAGCUUUUGCUACAGUUUUUUUUCUUUUUUUUAUUUUUUCAUCCUGUCCAGUUUCUGUUGGAUGAAUGCUUUAUCUUUCAUGAUGUGGCGAGAUUAUCGGCGCAUGUUCGAUCGAAUGCCGAGAGCUAACAAUCGAGAGAUUGAAAAUAAACGCUAUAAGAAUUAUAUUGUCUAUGCUUGGGGAGUGCCUAUGAUUUUAACGAUUCUACUAAAUGUGUUAGAUCACGCAGGACUAGAGCGUUUUUCGUGGUUCAUGGUACCAAAUAUUAAAAAACAUGGAUGCUUUUUACUUGGAUAUGAAAGGCUACUUUACCUCGAUUUGCCGAGGCUGUUAUUGUUAAUAGGAAAUUGGUAUUUCUUUAUUAUAACGGCAUAUAAUAUAUGGGGAACCUUCAACGACACUAAAAUUCUAAACGAGUCUGCAUUGUCUUUAAAAAAACUGUUAUUAGUGUAUGUAAGACUAUCUGUUCUGAUGGGAAUUUCGUGGGUGCUAGAAAUAGUCGCACAAUACAUCUGCCCUAUUCCCCAUUUGCCCCUUUUCUAUGUGCCCCUUUCCUCGUGUGCCCCAUAUCAUAAGGGGCCGUUAUUAGUGUACGUAAAACUUUCUGUUCUGAUGGGAAUUUCGUGGGUGUUAGAAAUUGUCGCGCACCUCUUGCCGCCUUCACAUCUACAUCCAGUUUGGGUCGUGGUUGAUUUAUACAACGGGUUCAUUGGCGUCGGCUUCUUCAUGGUGCUCGUAUGCAAGAAGAAAAUAUGGAAUUCACUCCGACUAAGAUGGCAACACAAAGGCGCUUAUAAUACUGGUUAUUACUCGACUAGAUCUAAAUCAUCAAGAUUACAACAUACUCAAUAA